AUGUCCGACUUGAGCAAGAACUUUGAGACGCUGCAGCUCCACGCGGGCGCUGAGCCCGAUCCUACUACCCACUCUCGAGCCGUCCCCAUCUACGCCACGACUAGCUACGUCUUUGAUGAUUCGGCUCACGGCGCGAGGCUUUUCGGCCUCAAGGAGUUUGGCAACAUCUACAGCCGUAUCAUGAACCCUACGGUCGAUGUCUUUGAAAAGAGAAUAGCUGCUCUCGAAGGCGGUGCCGCUGCCCUCGCCGCCUCCUCCGGCCAGGCCGCCCAGUUCAUCGCCAUCAACACUCUGGCCCACGCCGGCGACAACAUCGUCUCCACCUCCAACCUCUACGGCGGCACCUACAACCAGCUCAAGGUCUUCCUCCCCCGUCUGGGCAUCGAGACCAAGUUUGUCAACGGCGAUAAGCCCGAGGACAUUGCUGCUGCCAUCGACGACAAGACAAAGGCUGUCUACCUCGAGAGCAUUGGCAACCCCAAGUACAACGUUCCUGACCUGGAGGCUAUUGCCAAGGUUGCCCACGAGAAGGGUGUUCCCGUUAUUGUUGACAACACCUUCGGUGCUGGUGGUUACUACAUCCGCCCCAUCGACCACGGCGCCGAUAUUGUCGUCCACUCUGCUACCAAGUGGAUCGGCGGUCACGGCACCACCAUCGGCGGUGUCGUCGUCGACUCUGGCAAGUUUGACUGGCUCAAGCACGCCGACCGCUUCCCCCAGUUCCACGAGCCCUCUGACGGCUACCACGGUCUCAAGUUCUACGAGACUUUCGGUGCUGCUACCUUCAUCAUCCGCGCCCGAGUCGAGAUCCUCCGCGAUCUCGGUGCCACCCUCAACCCCUUUGCUGCUCAGCAGCUCCUCCUCGGCACUGAGACCCUGAGCCUGCGCGCCGAGCGCCACGCCCAGAACGCCCUGGCUCUCGCAAAGUACCUUGAGGCCAGCCCCUACGUCAGCUGGGUCUCGUACCCCGGACUCGAGAGCCACCCCUACCACGAGACGGCCAAGAAGUACCUCAAGCGAGGCUUCGGUGGCGUCCUCAGCUUUGGCGUCAAGGGCGGCGGUGCUGGCAGCGAGGUUGUCGACGGCUUCAAGCUCAUCUCCAACCUUGCCAACGUUGGUGAUGCCAAGACCCUUGCCAUCCACCCCUGGAGCACCACACACGAGCAGCUCUCUGACGAGGAGAAGCUCAGCUCUGGUGUCACCGAGGACCUGAUCCGAAUCUCGGUCGGUAUCGAGCACAUUGACGACAUCAUUGCCGACUUUGAGCAGUCCUUCAAGGCUGCCGCCGACGCCACCACCAAGGGCGAGGAGCAAAAGGUUGUUGUCCCCGAGGGCAAGGAGGCCGAGGCCCCCAUUGCUCCUUAG